CCCCCGGCCCCCCCCUUCCGGCCGCCCCCGCCUCCUGGCCCACGCCCGCCCGCGCUCGGCCCGCCAGCGCCUCCACCCGGCCGGCGGUCCCGCGUCGUCGCCGCCCGCCGCCACGCUGCUGACUCCCGCCUUGGGCGCCGUCGGCGGGGCCGCGCUCCGCCGGGCCUGCGGAUCCCCGCCGCCUCCUCUUCCAUCUACCUCAACGCCCUCCCCGCUUCGCCCGAGGAGGCGGUCCCCCCCGCAGGCAGUCCGGCUCGCAGGCCGCCGGCGUUGUCAUCCCCCGCGCUGUCCCCAGCCCUCCCCGGCGCGCGGCCCUCCGCUCCCCUCCUCGCCGCGUCCCGAGCGGCUCGGCGCCGCCACCGCCACCGCCACCCCCCUCCCAGGGCCCGGGCUCGCGACGGCAGAGGGCUCCGUCGGCCCAAUCCGAGCUGGGCGCCCGUGGCCCGGGACGCCCUCCACUCCGCCCCCCUCAGCACCUUCCCCGGCCCUCGACGUUGCGCGCUGCCCUCGCUUCUCUGUGCUCCCCCCGUCCCCUCUCCGGCCUCUGGUCCCGGCGCCCGCGCUCUCUUCUCCCGCAGCCUGCCCUUGGCUCCCUCCCGCCCCCCCCAGCUCCUCGCCUCCAGCUCCCUCCCCCUCCACGCCCGCCCUCUCGCCUCGCCGUCCCGAAGUGGAUUAAUUAUACGCUUUCUGUUUCUCUGUGCGCUGUUCUCCCCCGCUGCGAGCCUGCCCGCCUCUCUCUGUCCUCUCUCCCUCUCGCCCUCUCUUUGGCCCCCCCCUUUCACGUUCUCUCUGUGUCUCCCACUAUCUCUGCCCCCCUCUAUCCUUGAUACAACAGCUGACCUCAUUUCCCGAUACCCUUUCCCCCCCUAAAAGUACAACAUCUGGCCCGCCCCAGCCCGCAGACAGCCCGCCCUCCCCAAACAAUCAGACGAGUUCCCCCCCCAAAAAAAAAGCCAUCCCCCCGUUCUGCCCCGUCGCACAUUCGGCCCCCGCGACCCGGCCAGAGCGGCGCUGGCAGAGGAGUGUCCGGCAGGAGGGCCAACGCCCGCUGUUCGGUUUGCGAUACGCAGCAGGGAGGUGGGCGGCAGCUGCGCCGGCUUCCAGAUGCCGAUGGGGGUCCCGAUGGGGAAGUCGAUGCUGGUGCUGCUGACCUUCUUGGCCUUGGCCUCGUGCUGCUUUGCUGCUUACCGUCCCAGUGAGACCCUGUGCGGCGGGGAGCUGGUGGACACCCUCCAGUUUGUCUGUGGGGACCGCGGCUUUUACUUCAGACUUCCAGGCAGGCCGGCAAGCCGCGUGAGCCGCCGCAGCAGCCGUGGCAUCGUGGAAGAAUGCUGUUUCCGCAGUUGUGACCUGGCCCUUCUGGAGACCUACUGUGCCACCCCCGCCAAGUCCGAGAGGGACGUGUCGACCCCUCCGACCGUGCUUCCGGACAACUUCCCCAGAUACCCCGUGGGCAAGUUCUUCCAAUAUGACACCUGGAAGCAGUCUGCCCAACGACUGCGCAGGGGCCUGCCUGCCCUCCUGCGCGCCCGCCGGGGUCGCAUGCUCGCCAAGGAGCUUGAGGCGUUCAGAGAGGCCAAGCGUCAUCGUCCGCUGAUCGCCCUGCCCACCCACGACCCUGCAGCCCACGGGGGUGCCUCUCCAGAGGCCUCCGGCAAUCAGAAGUGAGCCAAAAUGUCGUGUAAUUCUGCAAGAUGGCACCGUCCACCUGGUGCCCUCCUCCUGGCCAGGGGCCGUUCCACCAGGCCCCGCCUCUGACCCCUCUCGGGAUUGCAUUCCCUCUGCGGGCUCCCCCAGCCCCGGCCCCCGCGCCCCAACCUCCCCAUGUCAGGCUCUUCUCUCCUUGGCCCUCUCCAUCGGGCUGAGGAGACUCUAGCAACAUCUCUAGAAAUGUGCAAACUCAUUUGGCUUUAAACAUCCCCCCAAAUUACCCCCAAAUUGUGUAACCGAAAAACCGACACUACGAACCCCUAACUCUCCCUCCCUCAUACAUACACGUGAGUCCCCUUAAGACGAAUUGGCUUUUUAGAAACACCAAAAAAAAAUCAAAAAACAUAAUUUUUUAAUUAUCUUAAAAAAAAACCCUAAAAUUAUCAAUUGGCUAAAAAAAAAAAAAUACUAGAACUGAAUUGACUUAGAAGCAAUCGUGAAAGAAUUAGCACCCCCUUCUCUUCCCAGGGACCUCGAGUCAGAUUGGCCGUGACUCAGGCAUCCCCUCCAGGAGAAAGGAGGGGACCCCAGACCUGCAGGUGGGCACGUCCGGGUCCGCAGCCGGCUCCCGCCUCCUCAGGCCGAACUCCGGUCGCGCCGUGGGGAGAAUUGGGCGUCCACAAACCAGCAAAGCCCAGACUCGUUCCUCGCUCUGCUUCCCAUCCCCAAAGUCACCAUGGAGCUCGAGGGGGUUCCCGGGGAGACCGAAGGAGGGGAGAACAGAACAUGAAUGCCAAAAUUUGUAAAAAUCAACUUUAUUGGCACAGAUCCCCAGACACCCUAAAAUCCAUCCUCCAAAAUCCACAUGCCCUCAAAUUCGACAUCUCAAUUUCCACCCUAAAAAACACCCACACCCGCAGGCACCCCCGCAGACACCCCUACACGCAUGCACACACACAACCUCACACACGCUCACACGCUCAUGCACAGAUGCACACACGCACACCCUCACGCACACACACAUGCACGCAGAUGGGUGAGCCCGGCACCAUGCAGUCUGUGUUCUGUCACAGACCUUUCCCUGACUUGCUCAUUGGUGAGGUUUUCAUGCCCUGUGCUCCCCUCCUGACUCCUGGGAUACGCUCCUUGGGCGGGAGAGGGGUCCAUCUUCAGCGCAGGAAGUGGCGUUUCCCACGGUCCCCGCGGGGUGAGCCGGUACCCCCAGGCCCCACCAGCAUCUGUGCCCCCACCAUCAUGCGGAGCGAGGACUGGGUUUGGCCUGACUAGAGGCGGCUGUAGCCGAGCAGAGACCAAGACGUGCCCUACCCCGGAGCCUGACCCCCUAGGUGCGCUCCUUUGAGGAACAUCUGGGACCCCCAGCACACCUAGGGACCAUCCUUGCCGGCCUUCUGGAGGCUCUCAGAAGUGAGGGCCCCCCAGGAGGUCGGCAACGAUGGUGGGGAGUGUGGGAAGUCUGGCGGUUGGAGGGGCGGGUGGGGGGCAGUGGGGGCUGGGUGGGGGGAUGCUUGGCAGGAGGAAGCGGUCCCGCGAGGUUUGGAGGACGAUAGUCAGGAGUCACAGCGCAGAAUUACAGACCCAAUGAGGAACCCAAAUUUACGCCAAUUGAUCUAUUCCCCCCUUUAAUUGGUAUCUCCUGGGGCUUUUUCCUUUUUUUUUUUUUGAUCCCUCCUUAGCUUUUUACGCGCUCACACACCAAAUUAAACGUACUCCCGUCCCACGUAACAGGGGAGCAGAGACAAAGUAGUGCCACACAAGCCGCCACCACCACGGCCGCCGCGGCCAAGCCGCACGUCCUGCUCGCCGCCAUUUAUUGUCCCGAUUUGGUUUUGUUUUUAUCUGUCCCUGUCGCUUGGGUUGAGUCGAGAGUGGGGCCUCCGUGGGGCGCUGGCCACUGGGCCCCACGGAGAAGCCCGAGGGAAAGGAGCGGGCCGCUGCCCGGCCUGGCCUUCGGGGACAGUGGCUGGUCCCCGGAGGUCCUGAGGGGCGGAGGAGGGGGUGGGGAGGCGUCUCCUCGGUGUCCGGAAGGUGCUCGGAGGCCAUCAGGAAGGGGCCCCCGGCCGGCCCCGGCUGGCUGGGGGGGAAGGGGCCGUAGGUGUGUGAGUUGGGCUCCAUCGGGCUGGAGCAGGUGGCCGCCUUCCGUGCACUUGGGGGGCCCUCCCCUCACCCCUCGGUGACAGCUUGCCCGCCUGCUCAGCACCCUGUCUUGUCCCCAGGAGGCUCAGAGCUCUGCAGGGCUUCCGGGGGUCUAGGCAGGGUGAGGUUGGGGAGUCGGGGAGGUCAGGAGGGUGCAGGCCCCGCAGAGCGGGAGAGCUGCGACGGCGGUCUGUCGACGGGGGUUGCUCGGGCCCCGAGGCCCACGGGUCUGGUGGUACCGAACCAGCCACCAUCUCGGCGCCUAGGGCUGUGGCAGGGAUCCAGGCGGCUGGGAGGUUUACCUCACCCCCACUUUUGCCCCCAGUUCAGCCCCCCUGCACGACAGCCUGACUAGCAUUCUAGAGGCCCGAGGCUUCUGGGCCCCAGUAGCGGGGCUGGCAUGACCCUGGGGGCGGUACGUGUCAGCCCACCAGUGGCUCAGAGGGGCCUUCGGCAGGCGUCCCGGGAAUGGGCCAUUUGGAACAUUGGACAGAGCUGAAAAGAGCCAAAUUGUAAUUGGGACGUGGACAGAUUGGCCUGAGAUCCAAAAAGACUCGGAGGCACCCCAAAUUUCCUGCCCAUCCUGCCGGACACCCAUCCCACCCAGUGUUACCUUCUGCCUCUCGUGGGGUGGGCGCUCCAGGGCCGUCUGCCGACGCUCCCCUGUGUCCCCCAGCAAGCAGCUCCCGCAGGGUCCCCAACCAUCCCGACCCGGGCCCCCAUCUGACUUCCCGAGCCCCGACUGUGGCCGUCCAUUUUCUCUCCCCCCUCAACUGUCUUCAGCGGGACCUCCUCUUGGGUCCCCCCCACCAUCGCCUGAAGACCCCCCACGUGCCCUGCACGGAAUGUCACCUCACCCACUGUUGUGGUCCAUCUGGCAGUGGCCGUGCGGGCCUCCACUCGACCCCUUUAACAUGCUGAUAUUUCUGGCAAAAUUCAUUGCUUGGGUUUUGUCUUUAACAUUUAUCGCUCGCAAUCCCAAUAAAGCAUUCAAAUUUA